AUAAAUGCGUUCCGUUUCGUUGCGUUCGUAAUUUUUUAGGGAAGACGGAAAAGACCAAGACAAGAGGUGUGGCUCUGAACUAUGAACACCUCCUAGCAUCGCUUUGACUGGACUUUCUGCAGUCUGUGCCUUACAGAGAGCCUGAAGCAUCAUGGGAGACGCUAGUAAGUGGGCGUACAUCAUCGGGAUUCCGGUUGGAAUCAUCGCCCUGUUGGUCGUGAUUCUGGUCCCACUCAGCUUCUCCGAUCUACAGUACUAUCAGUAUGGUUUCUUAAAGAGGAAGUCGACAGGAACAGUGAGUCUUGAGAAGGUGUACAGCAGCGGGAGACACUUUGUGGGACCAGACUACGAGUUUAAGGUGUUUCAGGCCGACGCCCACUUUGAGGAGCUCACGAACAUUGCCAUUUUCUCCUUUGAUAAGCUGGAGAUCCAGGUGACGUGUAGGUUCCAAUACUUCCUGCGUAAGGACGACAUGCCGCUGCUUCACGCGACGUACGAUAGGUUCUACCAUCCCGUCAUCAGGACCAGCGCUAUCGACGCCAUCAAGGGCGCCGCGCCCCAGUUCAACACCAGACAGUACAUCGGUGAGAGGAAGCUUGUUGAGGACACGCUGGCAGCUGCUGUCAAACUCCGACUGGGGGGGACCUGCUGUAAACAGGACUGUGCUGACUCAACUGAAGGUUGUGUAUCAGGCUGUAAACCUUACGACACCUGCACUAAAGAGGACAAGGGGCUAUUUGUGGAUGUCAAAUACUUCCAGAUAGGGAGGGUGCUGAUCCCCAAUGAUGUACAGGACAGGUUCCUGCUGUCCCUAACACAGCUACUAGAUGCUGAACAGGAACAGUAUUUGCAAGAUGCCACCAUUGUCAGGAAAGAGACAGAGGCAGAGGUGGAACAGAUCGAAAACGAAGCAAGGGAAAUCUCCCAGAAUGCCACAGCCCAGUCCGGUUUGAUCACGUCGCGCGCCAACGCCCAGGCGGUCGCCGUCGUGGAGGACGCCCGUAACAGCGGCCUGUCGCUGAUCUACGGUCGGCUGAACCUCUCGAGCGCCGACCACAAGGCCUCGUUCAACUACAUCCGUACACUGCGGGACCACGAGAGUGUGUACAUGUCUGUGAACUACAAUACACUCAUAUCUGGGCACACAGCUACGGGAGGGGGGUAGGCAGUGCUGUUUAAGUACAUGUAUGUCACCAAUGGCACUACAAUACAGUAGGUUCCUGACUACAAGCAACUAUCAUAAGCAUUAGCGUACUACAAAUGAAAUAUUUUCUAGAGGUGGGUACCGGUUCAGUGUACUGGUACAAAACCGUUUUUCUUAUUGGACCAGUCCAGAAAAAAUGGACCAGAAAAAAUUCGGUGGACCAGAUGUUGGACCUAUUGGAAAAUGAUUAUUUGAUAAGGCAUGCACACGUUUCGGGGCUUACUGGUUGAGGAAAUUAAUGAGCGAAGUAGAUUAGAGUCUAUAGUCAUUUCUACCAAGUUUUACAGGCAAUAUUACAGAGGCAAUUAAACUUGUAGGAUUUUAAAAUCCCAGUUGGAGUCGAAUACUCCACAAAACAGAUUUCUUCGUUGCAAAAUGGACCACUUUGAGAACCAGGUUCAGGUCCAAACCUGGAAAUGAUCCUCUGAACUGGACAUUAAUUUUCUGUACCCAGGUACCCACACAUUGUAAGUACUAUAAACUUAGGGGCAAAUUUACUAUACUGGAAAAUUGUUUAAUGGCUCCAUAGAAUUAUGGUGAAAAUUUACUUAAGAAAAGGUGUGAAUUUUUUUCUUCAUUUUUGAAAAAAAUAGGAGUGGGCAAUUCUGUGAACUAUUAAUUGUAUUCGUGUGGCCUAAGACAGAUACUUUCUGUGUGUCUUAGAAUUUUAACUUUCACUCAGGUCUUAGAUGUCAGAGAGACAUUUUUAUCAACCAAUAUGUCAAGCCUUAUAACACAGAAGUGGAAAACUUUUUACCAAAAUGUCAGAGAUGGAGAGAUUUUUGAAGAGCAAUAAAUUAAAUGCAUUCCUGUUGUUAAGGCAGACAAAUUCUGCACAUUCAGACAGCUGUAUACACACGUGAUUAGAAAACCAUUUUUUAAAAGAACUGUAAUAACUAUGUGGUAUUCUGCAAUGAGGUAGAAGUUUUUAUGUUAGGACAGAAAUACAUGUAGAUUUGUACGUCCACUUUCAGUAAAAUUGUAACCUGUGACUUAUAUGUCAUGGGGAAUAAGUAAAUAUUAACUAACUUGAGCUCUAAUGGAUUUAUUUGAUGCCUAAGUCAAACAUAGAAUGGAAAUAACUUGCUCAAUAUGGAUUGCAUAUCUACCACACUUAUAAUGAUCUACACUGUACUACACUAAUUGCAUUUAAUUGCAAGUUACGUUGUAACUACUUUUAAAUUAAUAAAAUGUAUUUCUUCUUA